AUGUACGCCCAAGGCGACUAUUUUCAGAUCGAGGGUCUAAAAGCUAAGGCGAAGGAACGCUUUGAGAAGACCUUCCUCAACACCGCGAACGAACAUUCCUUUGCCGCGACUGUCAUCGAAGUGUAUGCCUCGACAGCAGAGAACGAUCGGGGCCCGAGAGACAUUGUCGUCCAGCUGACGAGAAACAAUCUUCCACAGCUCAGGACUGGACAAGAUCCGAUCCUAAGUGCUCACAUUUUGCAACUUAUUCCUCAAUUUAUGUUGGAUAUUUACGACGAAUGUGCUAGGUACCAGAAGUACAGUCCAGCCUGGGCCAAGCAACAAUCUUACUUUUGGGACAGUCGAGGAUAA